UCUACUAGCGGAGUGGAGACAAGAAAGCAAAUCAUUCUCAAAAUGGAUGCGGGGUGACAUAAGUUUCUGUUUCUUUUUUGGAAGCACUACUUUACGUUGAGUUAAUAUUACAUUACUCGGUGAAUAUAUAUAUAUAUAUAUGCUAUUUGUGACAUAUCUGAGUAUAGUGUCAGAAAAAUUCACAAAAUAUCGAAGUGUAUUCUAAUCGCGACGUUUUUUCUUUUUCGUACUUCUUCCUGGUUGCAACGUAUGUGGAAACUUGCCUUUGGCACAAAGACUUCGCCAAAUAAUUCACAUGGAUUGGCUACAUUUUUCUCGGAAUAGACGAAUUAAAAGUAUCGGAAUGUCAAUGGAAGACGGAGGUGGUCUAGGAAUGUCAAGAGGAGAAAAAGGCACAAACUGAUUUCAAUACGUUUUUUUCAACCAUGGAAAUCGAGAAUGGUGCCGCAAGAGGUGUUUUGCUACCUGUACGACCAGGUUCUGAGCCCUUCGACAACAGUAUUCUGCCUCCACUGCAGAACAUGUACAUGUAUGAGGAGUCCAAGCAGUCUUUCAGAUACAACUCUGCUUUCUUGAUAAAGAAUACCACCCUGCAAGAACGGUAUGAGGCCUUCCGAACUGAAAGGAGAGGCAUGGGAUACUCCGAGGAGGAACUGGAGGAGUCCUAUGGGUUUUUACUGUUUGACGACAAAAAUAAGGCAAAUAAACUGGGAGAAACUGGUGUAAUCCCUGGUCACAGUACAUGCUCAACGCUUGGAGAUCCUUCAAAGGGUGUGUACGUGUCCAAGUACUCAGACUGCCUGGACCUAAACCGCUGGUACCACGGGAAGUCUGGAUACAUCGCCAUCAUCAGACUCACCAAGGGCAGAGUGAAAGAUGUGACAGAGAACUACACAGUAAACUACACCCCUCCCUCUAAUGGGUUUGACUGUCAUGUAUCAGAGCAGCUCAGUGCUGUGUCAGCCAACACCAGCUCCUUCCUGGCCUUUGAGAGAACACAGUACUACAUGUAUGAGCUGCCUGGUGGAGGGGCUGACUCGACAGUCCAGCCUCCUAGCCAUGCCUGCCCAUUCGCUAUAGUGGCUUUUUCCUAUUGGGAUACCAAGACACCUGCAUCAGAGGACCAAGAGAAGAGUGAGGAAGAAAAAACAGUGUUUCACUACUACCCCUGGAGGGGUCAGCUCCAAAUCAGCUCCCGGGUCUACCAUGUGGGUCUGAAGUCUAGCACUGGACCCCUGAUUCCAGCUAAACUUCCAACAGUAAUGGCAGUUGACGGAGCCAUUAAAAUGUCAGAUCUAAGGCAGAAAUUACCAAAGGCUAUGUUUGAAACCUGCUUCAUCGGUGAAGUUUCUCUGGAAGGAAUGGGUUGGAGUCUGUAUGAGCUGGCACCCAGUGAGGCUGAUGACACCUCUCUCUCUCAGCUCACACAGGAGCUCAAGGAGAAAGACCUGGCCCUCGUAAUACAACUGAAUGAUAGUGGUUUCCUUAUACUGUUACAUUCAUCUCACUUCCUCACAUAUGAAGAUGCCGGGUCCAAUAAGCCAGAGGUAUUGCAGGGGAUGUUUGUGUUUCCGGAUUCCAGAGCUAUACAACGAGACACCAAGAUCUGCUCGAAGAAGCGCUCCCUCUCACCAGAGGGCCUCCAGGUGGUGCCUGCACUGAACUACGCAGAGACAGAGGUGGAAAAGUGCCUCCCUGAACAGAGUGGGGAGAUACGUGGUUUACUAGAGCAGCAUAUCCAGAGCUACGCUGCCCUCAUCCACCCUGGGCUUACUAUCAGUCCAUCCAGGGAAGCCAGCAUCUUCCCAGAUCAGUUUGAUGUUCCUGACGCCCUCAAAUAUCUCUACUCCACCCCAAAGUGGACUGAAAUGGGAUGGAAAUGUCUCAAGUAUUACUUCCACCAGCCGGGCUCCUUCGAGCUCUCUGUAUCCAGGGCCACGGAGCUCCUGGCGGCUGGACGAGAGGAGCGAGGGGAUGAGCCAGAUGAUGACGUCUACUACUGUCUGUCAUCUCCAGAAGGCCCCCCCAUGACUCCUGCUAGUCUGGGUGGCCCAGAGGAGGAGCAGUCAGGGGGACAGUCACCAGGAGACACAGACACAUACAUAAGUAAUGCACUGGCAGUAUCUACAGAGGACUUUGAGAAACCUGGUAUGACCAAGGCAGACAGUAAUGCACCAAAUAAAAGAGUAGAGGAAGAGAAGACCUUGUCUUCAAAGGAGGUGCAAGACAAGGUGCAACCCAAGGAGGUGCAGGAGGAAGUGCCCUCUGAUCUUAAAAAGCCUGCCGUCCCAGCAGGGGACUUUGGGAAACCUGUCUUGAAUAAGGCUGACAGUAAUGCACCAGGGACAACUUUGAUUCCAAAAGAGGUGCAGAAGGAGCUUCCCUAUGAUCUUUCCCAGCCUGUUGUGUUGGCAGAUGAUUCUGGGAAGCCUGGGAAGAACAAGGCCGUACCAGGGGUAGGAGUAGAGGAUGAAGGGACACAUUUGAACACAGAGGAAGUCCAAGUGGAUAGGCAAAAGGAGGUGAAAGAGGAUAUGCUUUCUGAUCUUUCACAGCCUGCAGAAAACUUGAGGAAAGCUGGCCCAGCAGCGUUGGGUAAGGCAGACUGUAAAGCACCAGAGGUAGGAGUAGCGAAUGAAGGGACAAACUUGCACCUGAAAGAGGUGCAAAAGGAUAUGCCCUCUGGUCUUUCACAGCCUGCAGUCUCUCAAGAGGAAUUGAAGAAACCUGGGCCGGCCCUGGCAACCAAGCCCAACAUUAAAGCAGUAGAGACAGGAGUAGAGGAUAAAGGGGGGGAUUUGCCUAAGGGGGUGCAAGAGGAGGUUCCAUGUGAUCUUUCCCAGUUUGCAGUGUCGGCAAAUGUUUUUGCAAUAGCCGGUAUGACAGUGAUGACCAAGGCCACAGAGGUGACAGAGGUUUCAACCUCACCUGUAUCAGGUGACCUCCCAACAGUGCUAGUCAUCACUGCCACUGAAGGAACUGCAACCGUUGUACCUCAUAAUGAGAACUUUGGCUUGAUCAAUACAGAGUCAAUCACAAAGAACUCCUUCAGUUUGCCACCAGCCAAAGUACAGGAGAGGGGUGGAAGUGCUCUCAAUGGGCAACGUGGCAAGGCCAAUGAGGUCAAUAAUUUAUCUACAUCAGAUUGGAGGAAACGGCCAAGGAAACGGCGUAGAUUUAGCGGGUUGGGUAAACGGGUCUUGAGGUCUUCGGCAGCUGACUUUGAAGAGGAAGAAACUGAGAAGGGAUCUUUGGAUUCAAGUGAAGUCUGCUCAUUGAAAAAGAGGAAGGAAAUGACAGAUUUAGUUCAACUUAACCCAUGGAAAAAGAAGGAAAGGAUGGAUGUAACCCAGGUUCGUCCAUUGAAAAUGCAGAGGGAACUAAUGAAUUUGAUCCAAGAUCUGCCUUUGAAAAAGAAGAAGGAAAGCAAGGAUUCAAUUAACUUUUACCCAUUCAAAAGAAAGGAAAGUGUGGAUCUAAUUCACGACGGCCACCCAUUGAAAAAGAAGACAGAUCGGUGGGACUUGAAGGCAAUCAUCUCCGAAUGCGGUAGAAUCUUUGUCCCUCAUGGUUCCGCAGUUAUCGCCAAGGAUAUAGAAUCUUUGAAAGUUAUGGGGAAAGUGAUAGAUCACAAACAAUGUGCUGAUGAGAUGAUGGUUGAAGCUUGUAUCAAAGUACCCCAACCCAUAGAAACAGGAGAUGAACCUGGCCUAGAGUUGAUAAAGUCAGAUGAAAACAAAGAUCCGCACAUAUGGAGUUCAGACAGUAAAGACCAUCCACCAGAGGUCAAAAUGGCUGAUGUAGACAAGAUGGCCUCUCAGAAAUCCUCAGAACUGGUCCAGAACAAAGACAUGGAUUUUCCUUCCUUAGAAAAACACAAAAAGAAUAGUCAAUUUGUUGCAAUAUCCCUCAGUAAACUAAAGACAGUUUUUUCAAGAAGGGGAAAGAAGAAAACACCUCUCAAACCUGUUUCAGAAGAUCAAAUGUUACCAUUGGACAAAAAAAGCAAGGCCGAUGCUGGCAUGGAAAGUGUUCAUUUCAGUAAUUCCUGCAAAGAUACCCCGGACAGAACCACAGGUGCUGCUGAAUUUGCAAAGGAACAGACAUUUGGCCUAGACCCAAAGUUUGCACUAGCAUUAGGCUUGACUCCUAGGGAGUUGCAUAAUAAUGCACCCAAAUCUCCAGAAAAAAGUGAUAUUCCACUGAAGCAAGACAUUCAGAGCAGACUGGACCUGGUUACACCUCAAGCCACAUCUGACCAAAUGUCUGAGGCUUUGCCUAGCUCCCCUUCAGCAACAAUAACCUUAACAGGUCGGGGGAGCCCAUUAAAAAUGAAAUGCAAGCCUGCAGACUCCAUAAGGAAAAAAUGGUGGUUGCACUAUCACACACCAACUUCUUUUGAAAAAGAGAAAGUAGCACAACCUAUAUCCUCCCAACUACUGACACUUAACCCUGAUGUCAGGCGUGUUGUCAGUAGGGGUAGGCCUCGCACAGUGAAGAAAGAUACCAGUGAUGCAUCAUGCCCACCAGCAGAUGCUCUGACCCUAUUGGCCGAUUUGGCCCUUAGUACCAGUAACGACAAAGUACUGGACCAGCAGCCAGACCACCUGGCACUUCAGCAACAAGAAUGCUGUCCAAGUUUGCUUAUAAGUGACAACAGUGUCAAAGAUGGCGGCUCUCCUCAUGAGUCAGAUGGUGAACCAGAGUCUGUCCUUCAUGAUGCACUGCUGAAGCACCCUUCUGUUGCUAGGCUUAAACUUCCCCCUCAGUCUCCGUCACCCAAGGGGCUGGUGGUGGGGAGUGGGGAGCGGGUUGUGUUAGUCUCACAAGAGCAUUCUUACUCACUACCGCCAUCCUCCUCUCUACUAUUGGGUUUGUCAGGUUCAACCCUCCAAGUCCCCAUUUCGGAGGCACUUCAGCCGCAUUGCAAGGAUAUGGUCUAUGGUGACGGAACUCAAGCACUACGGCCCUUCCUGUGUCAGGAGCAGAACAGGAAGGAACUCGGGAAGGAAUCCGGGGUGGCUCCAGAAUCCACGAGAAAAGGAAUUGGGCGCAGGCAGAAGUUCCGUCGGUUACGGCGGUUCAUCGAAAAAGACCGCUCAGUUCAAGUGACAAGGCUGUGGAAGGAAAACUAUGACUUUAAUUCAGACAGCAAGUUUACCAACGACCCUAUGGAUAAAACAGUUAUUAGAGCCCUACAUGGCCCAUGGGAUUUCAACAUUGAGGACACAAACGAACAGGUUCAGCUCAUCAUCCACAUGUGGAUAGGUCUUUUCUACAGCAGGUCCACUGCUAGGUUCUUCCAGGCAGACCCAAGUCUUCUAUGUAUGGAGGAAAAAGAUUCUACAGAAGUGGAUCAUGGAAUGGUACAAGCCCAGGUUACAUCUGAGACCAAGACAAGUUCCCCUGCUUAUAUUGACCUUUCCAGGAUCCCAGAACCUGACGUUUUGGACCGUAGUAAUGUGGGUAAAAAAGAAUCACAACCAUUAAGCUUGGAACCUAAGGCAUUGGACCUUUCAGUGAAAACAACCUCGACUGUGUUAGAUUUCACUGUAGACACAAAGGAUUCCCCUGAGUCCAAGCAAAGUAUAUAUUUAAAAAGUCCUUCAGUAUACGAACCAGAAAGUGGACUCCACAAGGAAAUCAUCUCUUUUCACAAACAAAGUACAGGUCUUGAGUUAAAGGUUUACAGAGACCGUGAGGACAGCAUGACGUCAGACAAAACGAGUGAACUGGAUGAUGAUGAAACUAACACCCAUGAUAAUGACAGCAAUGGUACCCUCCAAAAUGAUGUGUCCCCUAAAAGAAGACAUUUGGAAAGUGAUGGAUCGUACAUUCUCUUGUGUAAACAGGCAGCAAGUGUGUACAUUAAUCAAGAAAAGGUCCUGGAGACUCAAAGAAUUGACCGGGGUUUGGAGGGCAAAGCCAAAAAGGAAAUCCAAAAGGAAGAGAGGAGCCAUGAUGGAGAACAAAACAUAGCACGUCUUAAAACCAUGGAAUCUAAAGAUGUUGAUGAGGCGCAACAAGUUCAAGAUAACGAUUCAGUCAAAACAAUGUCAUGCACAGAGGUGCUAGGGGAUGGUGACCUUACCAAUAUGGCUGACAGAGUUGAGUGUAAUGCAAGUGAACCCAGAGAUGGGUCUUACGUUGCCAUCUGUGAUGGCAGUGAGUCAAAAAUGCACAAAGCAUAUCCUAGCGUGGAGGAUUCUGUUGAAGCAGCAAAACCAGAAGCAGUGCAUGUUGGGAAAGACACCACAAACAAGGAAAUCAAUGCACAACCUGCUGGGAAUGAUUCCAUUGGUAAGGCACUCAAAGCAAUGCAUGAUGAAAAGAUUCCCAAAGAUGUGUCACGGGAUGAUGGGAACUCCAAAAAUGAGGUGCAAACGGCAUUGCAGGAAGGGAAUGAUAAUGGUGUUGAGGCACAAACGGCAUUGCAGGAAGGGAAUGGUAAUGGUUAUGAGGCACAAACGGCAUUGCAGGAAGGGAAUGAUAAUGGUGAUGAGGCACAAACGGCAUUGCAGGAAGGGAAUGAUAAUGGUGAUGAGGCACAAACGGCAUUGCAGGAAGGGAAUGAUAAUGGUGAUGAGGCACAAACGGCAUUGCAUGACUGGAAUGAUAAUGGUUCUGAGGCACAAACGGCAUUGCAGGAAGGGAAUGAUAAUGGUGAUGAGGCGCAAACGGCAUUGCAGGAAGGGAAUGAUAAUGGUGAUGAGGCACAAACGGCAUUGCAGGAAGGGAAUGAUAAUGGUGAUGGGGCGCAAACGGCAUUGCAGGAAGGGAAUGAUAAUGGUGAUGAGGCGCAAACGGCAUUGCAGGAAGGGAAUGAUAAUGGUUAUGAGGCACAAACGGCAUUGCAGGAAGGGAAUGAUAAUGGUGAUGAGGCACAAACGGCAUUGCAGGAAGGGAAUGAUAAUGGUGAUGAGGCGCAAACGGCAUGGCAGGAAGGGAAUGAUAAUGGUGAUGAGGCACUACCAGCGGUGAAUUAUGAAAAAGAGUCAGGAGAUAAAGCAGCACCUGCAGUAUGUGGUGGGAAUAAUUCUGUGGCUGAAACACCACCAGAGAUAUCACAUAAUGAAAAUGAUUCCCAAAAAGAGACACCGUCAGUGGUGCAUGGUGGAAAUGAUUCGACACUACCUGUGAAAUUGUAUAGCAAGCUGUAUAUAGACGAAGAACCCACCGAUGAGGUACAACCAAUGGAACAGGUUGGGAAUGUUUCUGUUGGCACCACUAGAGUACUGCUAGAGAUGCAGGUUGAGAUUAAAUCUAAUGAUGAGGUACUGACCACGAGAGUAUUUCCACUGUGUGAUGGGAACACGCCUUUUGUAGGUGAGUUCGACACACCCAUUCAGUCCAAGGAUGUUUCAGGAGAAGCUAAAACAACAGCAGUUGAGACCGAUUUCAAUGGGAUUAGAGAUUCUAAAGAUCAAAAACGGAUAUCAAUGCCGGGUCAGAGUAAAUCUGAUAUUGACACACAAGGGCCCCGACAUUCUCAAGACGAGACAUCAGAGGUACUGACAGGCCAGGUAGAAAUACCACUGAUUGGAGCAGGAAUUCCCAGGGACGAUAUCUCACACACAGAUGUUCUACAUUCACACAGUCAGACAUCAGAGUGUGCUCAGAUAGAAAUACCAUUUAUUGGAGUAGAAUUACCAUUCAUUGGAGUAGAGACGGAUAGCAAGGAUAUCAUGCACACAGAGGUGCACGACACUCACUUGUGUCAGAAAGACACACCAAUAUCUUCAGUGUGUCAAAGUGAUCAUUUGUUUUCAGGUGAAAUGUUUAGAAUAGUUUCAAAGGCAACUGAAUCUGUCAGUAGAUGCCCAACACCUAUCGUGGACGAUGGUUACAUCCCGAUUCCUGACAUCGAUAGUGGCUGCUUGGUUAACUGCGAUGCCAGUGGGGUAGGCAAACCCCUCAGCAGAUGCCCAACACCUACACAAGAUGAGCCACCUUUCGUUACAGAAUUGUCUUAUGACCAUCACACACUGAAGACUGUUUUUUUACCCGAUUUGAAAGACAUCAACAGUCCCAACCUCAAUAGUGGUUUUGCUCUUAUUGAAAAUGAAAAGGCUUAUUGUGAACCACAUGAACCAAGUCUUGGUUGCAGCCCUAGCUCUGUAGAGAAUAUGUUGCAUGAGUUGCGUAAAUCCAGCAACAAUAGCAAACCAAAUAAUCUGGAAGCCAUUGGUAAUCAGUUCUCUCAAUUAUGGACUGAACCCCGCAAGAAGUCAAUCGCCACUAGCACACCCCUCAACACCCCCUAUACUUCUUCAAAGGAAAAAAACGAUUACAGUCCUUAUUCAAAUAUGCGACUUACCCCUGCUGAACAAGACCUGUAUGCUCUUUCAAGUCACGAUUCACUGCAUAGGUUCCCUGCCUCCUUUCCCAAAACCCAUAGCACCGUAACACAGGAAGCAGCAUUAUCUGUGCCAUCAACCCACCUUGAAGUCCUGUCCAAUGACACAACAGAAAGAAUAUUAACUCGGGACUUGCGUGAAAUCGCUUUGGAGGGAGACACUAACUUGUGUCCUGCGUCAACAGAGAUUAUCAUACAGUCCAUCCGUCAGAAUAUCCCAGGAGUAAGUGGACCUACAGCAGCUUCUCAGAACCUUUCAGGGCCCAACUUUACUGAGCCCCAUCCAUACAGCCAACAACUUGCCAUGGCUGUGAAUCUCUCCAAGAGUGAAGGCAGCAGAGGAGAGUACAGCUGGAAAGAAGGACAAACGAAUAUUGACCCUAUGUCUUCAGAUGUUGUAAAAAGCAAACAAACCGCUGCCCCUGUCCACUCAAACACUAAUCCUCUCCCGUAUAACACACCAUAUGUCACCGAAAUGAGGAGACAGAUUGCAAGUUUGCAAGAUUAUGUUAUGGAUGAAAGUGAGGAGCCUGCCGUAGAGCAAGACAACAUUGAAUCUAGUCUAGAGACAAAUUGGAUAUCAAAUGACCAACACGCAAGUAAUACAUCCCAGUUGAAUAAAACAAAACUUGACUUCAUCAACUCUUUACGCGAGUAUCAGCAAUGGGAUAAAAGGGAAUUUGAUGUUUUGGACUUCAGCAAGCAAGGCACUUCCUCUUCAGUCACCUUCCAGUCUGAAGAAUCAGACAAAAUAUUUACCCGUAUGGAAGAGAACAAACAGGACUGGUUAAAGUAUUGUAGGUCAGAGAGGAGUGGGAACACCUCCAAAAGCCAAAUCGAUUUGGACGAUGAGCACGAGGAAGUUUCCUCAUUUGCAAAGCCAUGCCUAGUUACAGUUUUGGAUCACAAAGGAAACAGAAUCACCUAUGAAAACUAUCCCGUUCCGAAACCUUCAACAAGCACGCACACGUGGACAGCUCCGAACCCAAACAGACAGGGCUCGAGCAGUUUUCUGGAGUUCUCCAAGAGGUGGGAUGAUACACAUAACACUGAUGAAUCUGACCUCACUCAGUCUUCUGUGGAUCUGGAGACCCUCAUCUUCUCAGAGAGAAUGAACAAGAUGCUAAAACGUAAAAGGAAGAGUAGCAGCAGCAGGUACAACCGAUCAAAACACCACAGGUCAAGUGUAGAAGAAAGAGCUUCCUCCUGUAGCCCGGCUGUGACAGUGCACUUUUCCAGCCUGCAGGAACAGGAAAGCUCGGAAGAACACUGGGAGGGACUACCUUCACUCGCAGGGCAGAAGUUAAAAAUAGAUAUGCCUGAAAGGAAGGGUAUGCCUGAAGAAACAGACGGAGAUAUGCCACAGCAUCUUCAAAAACUCUCCUAUACAAAGGGCAGUGAGAUGACGCAUGUCAACGUUUCAGAUCUGGUUGCGGAAAGUUUCAAGGCGUACCAUGCCAUGAUGACUGAGGUCUGUGCAGGCAGAAAGUACCCACACAGAACUGAGAGACGAGAGAGAGAAGAAGCAAAGAGAAACAGUUUGCCAAAGUCUCGAACCCCAAGCAAAGACAAAGACUUCUGUGGUCAGAUGAAGAAGGACAUGUAUGACAGCCUGCAUGAUAAUCUGAACUCUGUUGUGAAACAGUCAUGUAAGAACAAGUUCAGGUUCUACAUACUGGUGACAUCAGAUGACCCAUUCUUCAACGAGACAAAGGAGCUGUUAGAAGCAGAGGGACACAUAACAGUAGAACAGUCUCAAUUCUGCCUUGGAAAGGAUAGUCCCUCAUCCCCUCUAUACAUUAUCUUGAGGAACGAAGAUAUUGCUGAACACAUUUGUGAGGUCCCUCACUUGCUUGAAUUGAAGAAGUCUCAGAAUGUGUUGUUUGCUGGUAUUGACCGUCCUGAUGACAUUGUGAACCUGACCCACCAAGAACUCUUCAGCAAAGGCGGUUUUGUGGUGUUUGAGGGAGCAGCACUGGACACACUCAGUCUCAGCAACAUUAAGAAAAUGUCUGGUUUCCUUGAGGGGCUGAGUAAAAAGGGGAAGUGGAAAUGGCUCUUGCAUUACAAAGACAGCCGGAAGUUGAAAGAGAGCGCACGGUCUAGUGCUGAGGCACAGGGUAAAAAGAGCUUCAUGGACAACUGCCAGGAGGCUGGAAUGGUGGAGGUCUUACCCUACCAUGAAUGUGACGUCAUUUCAAGGACACGACCCAACUACCUCCACUGUCUAGUCCGCCUGCAGGUCCAGAACGUAUCAGCUCGUCUACCUGUAUUUAUAACUGACACAACGGCAGACAAAGCGUUUGCAAAACAUGGGAUAUUCACAAUGAAUAUUAACUCCUUCUUGCUGAUUUCUCAGAGUGACACUUGCACUAUUUCUUAAACUGACGGGGAAGCCUGACAGAAGUCUUCAGUACGAUCAAUCAAAUUUGAUUUAUAAAGCCCUUUUUAUACUGAACAAAAAUAUAAAAAUGUAACAUGCAACAAUUUGAAAGAUUUUACUCGUUUAGAGUUCAUGUAAGGAAAUAAUUUAGGCCCUAAUCUAUGGAUUUCACAUGACUGGGCAGGGGUGCAGCCAUGGGUGGGCAUAGGCCCACCCGCUUGGAAGCCAGGCCCAUCCACUUGGCAGUCAGGCCCACCUACUGGGGAGCCAGGCCCAGCCAAUGAGAAUGUGUUUUUCCCCACAAAAAGGAUUUAUUAGACAGAAAUUCAGUGUACAUUAUCAACAGCUAUCACAAAGUGAUUUAAAUUAACCCGACCCAGACUCCAACGAGCAAGCAGAAGAACCGUGGCAAGGGAAACGUUGUAACCUCGCGAAGAACCAGACUCAGAAGGGGAUGCCCCUUCACUCCAAAAUCUGCUUUUUAGGGGAUCAUUGGGAGUUAGACACACUGAUCUAAAUCAUUGUGGUGUAAGAAUAAAAUUAUUCUCAGUAAGUUAUGUUUAUAGCAAGGCUUUGUGUAUUGCUGUUUUAGUCUCUUUUUUUUGGUUCCUUAGUGUAAAUCAAAUUGUGUAGAUUUAUUUAUUCUUAAUUUUCUAUGACAGGUAGAUUCUGUAUAGAUUGACAUCUGCUUCAAUGCAGAGCUCUGUGUUAGUGUAUUUAUUUGUAUGUUUGUAAAUACAUUUAUUGCACCUUUGCGAUAAAGAAAUUGA